AUGGCAAGCGACUUCUCUUCUGCGAUGACCACCCGGUCGCUCCGCAUGGUCCGAACCGAGCUGGAGUUCCUAGCAGAUUCCUCAGUGAUCACCCGCCAACAGCUCAACUCUAUCUUAUCCCAACUGCCCGAUGAAUCCGAUGCCCGUCCAGUAUCCAGGAACCGCCAGGCCACGCCUGCGCUGCACCAACCUACACCCCUGCCGGCACCUGUCCAGGCACAGCCUCCUCCAGCUCCCUAUUCUCCUCCCGUAUCACAGAUGAACAAUGCCUCAUUGAAUGAGAAAGCCCCGCUACACAAUCAAUAUGCCACCCCGCCUCCUCAGAUGCCCCCGCCAGCCUAUAACCAAGGCCCGCCUGUUUUGUCUGUCGCCUCGGCCUUGUAUGCAUACACACCUACAGAUGCUGGUGAUCUGGCGCUAGUGCCCAAUGAUCGCAUUCAAGUUACGGAGCACAUGAAUGAUGACUGGUGGCGCGGUCGCAAUGAGCGCACUGGCUUGGAGGGCAUCUUCCCUCGCAGCUAUGUCAAUGUUGUUGAAGAGAAGGGACCUGUCUCCCAGCCCACAAGCUACGGAAACAUGCCUCUGGAAGUCAGCCAGGGUGGUCAAUCAACCGACCCGAACCAGAAGAGCAAGCUGGAGGAGGGCGGUAAGAAGUUUGGGAAGAAGCUGGGCAAUGCUGCGAUCUUCGGUGCUGGUGCUACGGUGGGCUCCAACAUCGUGAACAGCAUUUUCUAG